ACAUGUACUUUUGCUUAAAGGGGGAGGUUCUUUCUAGCUACAAAUACAUGUGUGGUGUUGUAGCCAAAUCAAACAUAGAGGCUAUUCGUUACCUUAUUUUAUGGGAUUCCCUUUUAGAGUAAUUUUGGGGGUGAAAGUAGGAUACUAGUACUAGUUCAUGGUGAGUGUUAUUGAAAAGAUAAACUCUAUUAUUACUUUAGGGCCCGUUUGAUAUGGAUUAGAAUUACAUUUUGGGGCUUAUCUACUAGUAUAGCUGUGUAGGUCAAUUGCUAAUCUACGUGCAUGUGAAUGUUUAGAAACCGGUUGAGUGCAAUGUAUUCCAAUAAUCCAAUUCAUAAGAUGAGUUAUGUUCAUUUUUUUUUAUCUUGGAGUGCUAAGUCAUUCACCUUAACCAAAUGGGUUGAUGUAGUGGUUGAGGGUUUGAUUCUCAACUCUUGUGAAUAGAAAAAACUCUUUGGUCUGCCAGUACCACUUUGAGUGCUCACAAUGAGGUGAGAUUUCGGCUAUCAUCAGUUGUGUGAUAGUUAAGAAGAAGAAAAAAACAGUCUUUCACCUAAGAAAUUGCAAUAGGAUAAGUUUUGUAAUGGUUUUUUUUUUGCUUAAAAGUUAUACCAACAGUAAUUGUAGCAAAAACGAAUCAAUAGUAUUUUGACUAUUUUCUAUCAGUUUAUCUGGAAGUGUCAUGAAAAAGGGGUUGGUGAAAGCAAUGUUAGAGGAUUCAGAGAAUAGCCGUGGAGCACGGGCAUUGCCUGAAACUUUUGAUUUAGAUUGUAAUGUUUCUCCAUUCUUCUCGUGAAUGAAACAAACUUCAGAAUCAGAUGCGGUGUUUCUAAUUAAUUCCGGUUCUCCUUCAUAAGAAACACACCACAACAUCCAACCAUAUAGGUUAAAAAUAAGAACAAUAAAAGGAUGUUGAAAAUCUGUCACCUCAUUCAAUCAAAAGGGGCCACAUGGGGCACUAUAUAAUCAAUUUGAAUUAGCUUGUAGCUCAUGUAAGAGCUUUGGUGUUGAUAAUGCCUGCUGAUAAUUACAGUGGGAAGGAGAAAUGGAAGCCUUUGUUGAAGUUGACCCGACAGGGAGGUUUGGUCGUUACAGUGAUCUUCUUGGUUAUGGAGCUGUGAAGAAAGUUUACAGGGCCUUUGAUCAAGAGGAAGGCAUUGAGGUGGCAUGGAACCAGGUUCGCCUCAGGAACUUCAGUGAUGACCCUGUUCUCAUCAACAGGCUUCAUUCUGAGGUUGAGUUGCUCAGAACACUCAACAACAACUACAUCAUUGUGUGCUACAGUGUGUGGAAAGAUGGUGGCCGCGGCGGCACCAUCAACUUCAUUACUGAGGUCUGCACUUCUGGGAAUCUCAGGGAUUACAGGAAGAAGCAUCGCCAUGUCUCCAUCAAGGCACUCAAGAAAUGGUCCAAACAAGUCCUGGAGGGGUUGGAGUAUCUUCACACGCAUGACCCUUGCAUUAUUCACAGAGAUCUCAAUUGCAGUAACAUCUUUGUUAACGGCAACAUUGGCCAGGUGAAAAUUGGCGAUCUAGGAUUGGCUGCAAUAGUGGGAAGGAGCCAUGCAGCACAUUCAAUUUUAGGGACCCCAGAGUACAUGGCACCAGAGCUGUAUGAGGAGGAUUACACUGAGAUGGUGGACAUAUACUCUUUUGGAAUGUGUUUGCUUGAAAUGGUAACCAUGGAGAUACCAUACAGUGAAUGUGACAGUAUUGCCAAGAUCUACAAAAAGGUCACAAUGGGAAUCAAGCCUCAGUCUUUGAACAAAGUCACAGAUCCAGAGGUGAAGGCAUUCAUUGAGAAAUGCAUAGCACAACCAAGGGCAAGACCUUCAGCAACAGAUCUUCUCAAUGAUCCUUUCUUUUUUGAACUCAGCAAUGAAGAAGAAUCAACUCCAGUCAAUUGAUUGUUUACUAGCUUAUACUUUUAAAUGUAAUAGUAUCUACAAUUUAUUGUUAAUACAUCCCUUUGUACUCCAGUUUCACUAUUUCAGUGAUGCACACAACUUCUUCAGUGGAGGGAUAGUCUA